AUGGCUAUCCUUAUUGGUGAUAAAAAUCAAUACGAACAAAAAAUCAACAAUGGAAGUAAUAAUAAUAUUAAUAUUGGUGAUUCGGCUUUGCCAAAGGUUCAUGAUAGUCCACUUAAAACAGCUGUUAAAUCUGCUAAUAGAAUCAUGGAAAGUGGUACGGAUAUUAUAACAGCACCAGCAGUUUGGUUAAAAGAUAUGCAGAAGAAUUGGCUUAGUUAUAUGGUUGUUCUUGCUGUAAUUUUAAUAAUAGGUACAUUUUUAUAUUGUACAAUUCGAUCAUACUUCAAACGGAAAAGCAACAACAGCAACAGUAAUAACAAUAACAACAACUGGUCAAUGGGCAAUCUUGUUGAACUGGCUACAGUGUUCAGCAAUAAAAAUCCCCACUCACAAACACCAUUUUCGUUACCAGCAACAAAACCAUCAUUAGCCCCAUCAACAUUAGAUGCAAGUUUUAAAAUAUGA